AUGACGCUGAACUUUGACAUUCUGGCCGGCAACAACGCCGACUGGGGCUUCGACUGCCUUCCUACCGCGCCUGAGCGUAGCCCUGCCCCCGCACUCUUCACGCCCUUCGGCGUCACGGCGGGAAGCGACUCGGACUCGAUGAUGCUGAGCCCCUCACAGGCGCUCGCACCGCAGGUCAUGUCUGGGUCUCUACAGGGCAUUACACAAAAUGUGCCGCUAAGCGACUACGAGGAGAAUGUGUCACCGAUGAAGAAUGAGUCGCUGAGCAUGUCAAUGCAGGCAAGCGACCCCGCUGCACGAGCCUACGAUAGCAACUUGUACGUUGCGUCUCUGCCCGAGUGGUUUACGGAUGCGGACCUGCAUGAGCUGUUCAAACGUUUUGGCCCCAUCGUUUCUGCCAAGGUCAUGUGCCACAAGGGAACGCACCACUGCAAGGGUUACGGGUUCGUGUUGUUCCAACAUACUGACGAUGCGGCAGUGGCGCGGUCGGAGAUGAUUGGUCACGUGGUGGGCGGCAACAAGAUCCAGGUUCGUCGUGCCCGCUCUGCUGCCAGUGCUCCUCUCACGGAAGCCGCCUCGGCUGUGAGUUGCACCUUUACUGAGUCUCCCGGUACGACGCGCGCAUCAUCGUCCAACGUAACGCCCAUCAACUACGCCGCGCACCUGAUGCCAACCCAGCAGCCACCAUUUCAUCCCCUGUACCCCGCCACCACCGCCUUGACCCCGACCUACGUUCUGACGAACGGCAGGGGUCCUGUGCAGAAUGUAUCGCCCACGCAGCCGGCAAUGUUGGUGGCCAUCCCGAACAGUCGCACGGUGGUGCAGGGUGCAGGCGAUGUGAUGUACAUGGUGCUGACAUCGCCGGCGCAGCAGAUGCAGCCAACCAACGCGAUCUACUAA